AGGAUAUAUUCAUCAUCUUUAAAUUAAGGAAGCAAAUCAGAACCCUGAACGUCAGAUGCAGUAAUCUUGAUCGAUAGUGUUGUAGAGAAGAUAUCCGUCAUCUUUUAAUUAAGGUAGCAAAUUAGAACCCUAAACGUCAGAUUCAGUAAUCUUGAUUGAUAGUUACCCUUCAUAUGUGUCCAAUAUGAAAAUAAAUUUGAAAGGACCACCAGGAAAGAAAAACAGGUCACUAAAAUUUGUCACUUCCUAGCCAUGUUCUAUAGUCAAAAACACACAAAAACUUUAACCAAUAUGUGGGAAUAUUACUAGAAAGUUCUAACAUGAGAGAGUUAAAAAAAUCUAGCAAAGCAAAAUAACGUCUAUGGCUCCUCAAACACCAAGAUUAGUGGUACCAGUGAACUUGAAAAGGCAACCAUGGGAGCAAGAACUACCUCUUCAUAAUCGUUGGCACCCUCAAAUACCUCCAGUUGCAGAGGUAAAAGCAGGGGAAUUUUUCAGAGUUGAGAUGGUGGAUUGGACAGGAGGUGUUAUCUGUGAUAAUGACUCUGCUUCUGAUGUAAAAACUAUUGACCUCUCAACUGUACAUUACCUAAGUGGGCCAAUCAAGAUUUUAGAUGAAUAUGAGGUUCCGGCCAAACCAGGUGAUCUUCUCGCGGUGGAGAUAUGCAAUCUAGGUCCUCUGCCUGGAGAUGAGUGGGGUUACACUGCAACAUUUGAUAGAGAAAAUGGGGGUGGGUUUUUGACUGAUCAUUUCCCUUGUGCUACUAAGGCUAUAUGGUAUUUUGAAGGGAUAUACGCAUACUCACCUCACAUACCAGGAGUACGUUUCCCGGGUUUGACUCACCCUGGAAUAAUUGGGACAGCGCCAUCAAAGGAACUCCUGGAUAUAUGGAAUAGGAGAGAAAGAGAAGUUGAAGAAAACGGUCUCAAAUCCCUAAAGCUGUGCGAGGUUCUGCAUUCUAGACCAUUAGCAAAUUUACCAUCACCCAAAGGUUGCCAAUUAGGGAAGAUAGUAAAGGGGACGCCAGAAUGGGAAAGAAUUGCUACAGAGGCAGCAAGAACAAUUCCAGGGAGAGAGAAUGGAGGAAACUGUGACAUCAAGAAUCUUAGCAAAGGUUCAAAGAUUUACCUUCCAGUGUUUGUAGAAGGAGCAAAUCUUAGCACAGGCGAUAUGCACUUCUCUCAGGGGGAUGGUGAAGUCUCAUUCUGUGGUGCAAUUGAGAUGAGCGGCUUUCUUGAGCUAAAGUGUGACAUCAUAAGAGGCGGAAUGCAGAAAUACCUCACACCAAUGGGACCAACUCCUCUGCAUGUAAACCCAAUCUUCGAGAUAGGCCCAGUUGAACCGAGAUUCUCGGAGUGGUUGGUAUUCGAGGGCAUUAGUGUUGAUGAGAGUGGAAGGCAACACUAUCUUGAUGCAAGCGUUGCUUACAAGCGUGCAGUACUCAAUGCUAUUGAUUAUCUCUCCAGAUUUGGUUACUCAAAAGAGCAGGUCUAUCUCCUCCUAUCUUGCUGCCCUUGUGAAGGAAGAAUUUCUGGCAUAGUUGACGCCCCAAAUGCUGUUGCGACUCUUGCAAUCCCAAUAGCCAUCUUUGAUCAGGACAUUCGUCCGCGAAGCAGAGAAGUUCCUGUUGGGCCAAGGUUAGUGAGAAAACCAGACGUGUUGAAAUGCACUUAUGAUGGCAAUUUGCCCAUCACAAAAAAUCCAGCUGCUUCAGCUUGACUAAUGCCAGCAAGAAAAAUAACUGCUCUUCAGCAGGCUCUUGUUUCCUUGUAGUUCAUAAAGGAAGUUCAAAUAUAGAAAAAUCUGCACCUUUCAUUUUAUUUUA